ACUUGUAGGUAAGUUACUAAAAAGUGAAAAUGAAAAAGUUAAAAGUAACCAUAAAGUUACUAAUAUUUGUGAAUGGCUGAAUUGAAAUAAUUUAUAUUUGAUCUAUUGUAUUUUUGUGUGUUUAUUAUUACUAGAUUGCUUGUUAUCGUUGUUAUUAACUCUCAUUUAGCUCGUAUGGGCUGUAAAAGUGAAUUUUUAUAGGAAUUCUUUCGUAAUAACAAUACAGCUCUAAGUUUCUAUUGAUUACUUUAACAAUAAUUUAUAUAAAAGUAGGGUUAUGUUAAAAUACCUCAUGCCAAUUUCUUUAUAAAAUCAACUAGGAUAAAGACUACUGAAAAAAUGGCAGAUACCAAUUCCACUAACACAACUGUGAUGAGCGAAAUUUCUUCCCUUGUGAGAAAAUGGGAAGAUGAACACCAACAGCCAAACUAUGACCCUGUACCUACACUUACAAGGUUGGCUGAGUUAGUUGAAGUGGAAACUGAGAACUACCUAAAGAUGGACCCAGAUCCAUUUGAUGAACGUCAUCCUUCUAGGACUGAUCCUCAAUGUAUUUUAGGCCAGAUUCUAAAAGCACUGUUCAAAAAAGAGAACUUUACAAACAAGCUCAUAGGUGACUACAUGAGGGACACUUUUUACUCUCGCAGUGGUGUCAUUGGGAGGGAUACAGAUCAAUUGAACAUAGCUGCCUGUAGAUUGAUGCUAGAUAUCAUGCCAGGCUUAGAUACUACUGUUGUAUUCCAGCCUGAAUCUGAUAGUUUGAUUAACCGUCUCAUAAAAUGGGUAACAAACUCUAUUGAACCACUUCAAAGUUAUGCUACUGGAUUAUUAGGGGCUGCCAUGGAAAUCCCAGAGAUAGCAACAAAGUUUAGGGAGCCAAAUAGUAAACUGAUACCACUGCUUCUGCAGAGGAUCAGGAGGUUGAAGAAUUCCUCUGAAUUUGUCAAUAAUGUUAGUUUCAACAGGCCCUUUGCCCAUUUUUCUGUGAUGAGGUCCCCACCAUAUAGAGCUGAUGGUAUUAUUAGGUCCCCUCCAUAUAGAACAGAUAGUAUGAUUCAGUCCCCUUUGCCUGUUACUAGUUGGAAAGAUCAUGAUAAUGGUUUAAUUAUGAAUAAAGAUAAUGGAAGCCAAGAAGGUCUGGCAACAGCAUCUGGUACUCAGGUGUCUGAUAGAGUUCAUAAAAGAAAAAGUGCAACUGAAAUUUCCCCAAAUAGACUUGCAGAAACCUCAAAACCAAUUAUUGAACCUGAAGAAGCACCUUCCAGAAAACGUGCUAGAAUUGAGACAAACAUUCCAGAUGCAGUUUAUCUGGGAAGUCCCCAAAAGGGAAGUACAGUUUUUGCAGAAACUAGUAAUUCAUCAUGGGCAGAACUUGAAAAUUUCAUGAUAGGCACCGUCCAAAUAUUUCCCCCCACUAUUGCUACCAGACAAAUACUAAUUCUUAGGUAUUUGACUGCCAUGGGAGACUACCAGGAAUUUUUAAGUCAUGUUUUUGAACAUGAUGCACUUGAACUGAUACUUUGCUAUGUUAAUGUUAGGGCUACCAAAGAAGCUCGGUUGGCCUUUGAGGCUUUAAAAUAUCUAGCGGCGCUCCUUUGCCACAAAAAGUUUUCCAUAGAGUUCAUCCAGUGUAAAGGAUUGGAGGCAUUAUUGGAAGUGCCCAGGCCAUCAAUAGCUGCCACCGGCGUGUCAAUUUGUCUUUACUACCUCGGCUAUUGUGAAGAAGCAAUGGAAAGAGUGUGUUUGCUACCCAAGUAUGUGGUUAGCAAUCUUGUCAAGUAUGCACUCUGGCUUUUGGAAUGUUCCCAUGAUUCUGGCAGGUGCCAAGCCAUCAUGUUCUUUGGCCUUACGUUCCAGUUCAAGGUCAUACUGGAAGAAUUCGAUGCUCAGGAUGGUUUGAGAAAACUACACAAUGUGAUCGCGACGUUGCCGAUUUUAUUACCUGAUGCAGACACGGGACAAAUCAACGAAGAGCAAGAAGGGGCCUACAGGCAAAUAGUUCGGCAUGUCUGCGUCGCUUAUCGUCGCUAUCUGGAAGCCCACUUGUAUAUCAAGGUGGAGCUGAUAAGGAGGUCGCAGAUCAGGCCUAACGAGAGACCCACCCAGUUGCUGCCGGCACUUCCAUCGUACAAGGCUCUCGCCAGAGAUCCGGAUGGCGCUUUUAUGGACCCUAGUAAGCAAACGUUACAGAUUUUUCUACAGACUUACUUUCCCGGCAGUCUGCUUCUAUACCUUUUCAACUUCAAUUUCGGAAUCGGUAUAGAGGACCGUCAUCAAAUUCCACUUCGAAUUGGAUCGAUAAUACUACCAAAAAAGGAGGACUGGAAGAAUGCCUCAAUGGUGGUCACUCCAGAGUCAGCGGAAUGGGUGGUUAAUGUUUUCUCCCCAUUCAAGUCUCCGGAAGGGGACGGUGUUUUUCCUGCCCUUUUACAAAAGGGAAGAGAAGUUUUACUACCUCUCCUGGUUAGUCCCAGCGAGUUUGGCGCUAGGCUGGUCAACAGCAAGAGAUGUGUAUAUGCACAAAUCGGGCAUAUUAGAGAGGGGAUUCAAAGGGAACAUCCCCUAAAUCCCCAUCAAUAUGCCUACCAAACAGGCAAAUCAACGGAUUCAGCACUGAACAAUCUUGUAGGAAAGAUCAGCCAUUUCUUAGAUCAUAAGGAAAUUUCGCUGGCAGAUUUCCUGGAUAUAGAAGGAGCGUUCAAUAAUGCCCUACCACAAUCACUUUAUAUGACAAUGCAAGAGUCGAUCAGGUUUAGAGCGGUAAAAGGUUCCCCCCUUAUGUGGUCAUUCCUAGUUGACUCUCUGCUGAACGAUCAUUCCAUGCAGGUGGUGGAUUUCCAAUGCUAUGCAGAUGAUCUAGUCCUAAUAGUAAGAGAGAAAGAAGCGACGAUCUCAAACGGCCUACAAGAAGCCCUUAAAACAGGCCUGCCACUGCAACAUAUGGUAGCGUGCAAAUCCUCGCCAGAAGAGAUCCAGCAGCAAAUCGACACGCUCUUUCACGACAUGCCCUAUCGCAGCCAUUGGCCGCCCGUCGACCAGCUGCUCAAGCUGGGCGGCAUCACUUUGCUGCUCAAGAUCAUCGCGUUCGCGUACGAGUGGAACUACAGCGGUAGGGCGGAGACUGUGCGCAGCGCGCUGGACGUGCUGGCGAUCGCCUGCGUCAUGCCCAAGGUGCAGCAGCUGUUCUGCGACAGGGUGGACUUGCCCGAGGAGACCUUGACCGUCGGAUUGAAUAUUAUCUUAGGAGCUGCAGAAGGAGAAAUUGUAGCAGAUGCUGACGUGCAAAAAGCCGCUCUCAGAGUCAUCGGCAAUAGUGUUUGUGCCCCCAAAUCUAGGGUCGGCGGCACCCUGACCAGGUUCUCCCAGAACCCCACCUCGCCCGUCAAAAAGAUGAAGUACAAGAGCUCCGAGGAGCUGAUCCAGAAGGUGUGGGACUGCGCGCGCGCCAACAGCGGCAUCAUGGUGCUGCUGCAGCUGAUGCAAGUCAAGACGCCUAUCACCGACGCCGACUGCAUCAGGACGCUGGCUUGCAGGGCGCUGGCCGGGCUAGCCAGGUCCGACACGGUCAAGCAGAUCGUCAGCAAGCUGCCUCUUUUCACCAGCGGACAGCUGCAAAAUCUGAUGAGGGACCCUAUUCUUCAGGAGAAACGUCAAGAACAUGUCCAAUUCCAGAAAUACGCUCUCGAGCUACUCGAGUUGCUUUCUGGCAAGGGCAAACAUACAGACACCAACCUGGAAGCUUCUCUCGCUAACAUCCACAGGGCUAAUGUUGUUGCACAAACCAGAAUACAGUUCAACGACAGGCAGUUGUUGCAACUCAUACACCAGCAUUUGGUGCACAAAGGAUAUGCCGAUACGGCCGGCAUGUUGGUGAAGGAAGCGAGUUUGAGCAACGCCAUCACCUCUCUCAGUUCUCAGCAUCCUACCAAGUUUAGGUACAGCUCAACACUGACUCCUGCAAGGGCAGAAGACUUCAACAAAAGGCACAUUUUUGCACUUUAUCUACAAACUUCGGCGAUGAAAUCUUCCCCACAUGAAGUAAAAUUGAAGUUGGGGUCCAGAGGAACUCCUGUAGAACAAUUAAUUUGUAUUCGUUCAUGCAAAGCAGGACAAUCUGGGAAACAUCAGAACUUGCCCGUCACCCCCACCCAAAAUUCCCGUCUGCAAAAGCAGAUCAGCGGAGACCCUCACGUCUGGUUGGGGCCCGACGAUAUUUCUCCGUCUGCCGAACAACCCAGGGUCACUCUGGAUUCCAUCAUAACGGAGUAUCUGACGAACCAACACGCCCUGUGCAAAAACCCCAUGGCGACGUGUCCACAAUUCAACUUGUUUGUGCCUCACAAGUGCCCAGAUCCAAAACCUAGGAUAACCACUGCGAACAACUAUGUGUUGAGGUGCGCCAGAAGGCAGAUCGGCAUCCAAUCGAAAACGAUGGACAGGAGGUUCGUGCAUUCCCGAUUCUGUCCAGUACAAACCAUAAGACUGCAAAAGGAUGAUGGGUUCUUCACUUGUGCCAAAUUCAUGCCGGGAGAUAAGACGUUGGUUGUGGGCGACUACAAUGGCGAAGUGCACUUGUUCAACUUGCAUAAAGGCACGGAAACGAACAUGUUCACAGCUCACGACAACUACAUAGUCCAGUUGGAACCGAACAGGACCGGCGAUUUCAUUCUGACUAGCUCCACCUGGGGGAAACCUGUUUCCGCUAUGUGGGACAUGAAGACCUUCGAGAUGAAGAUGCCUUUCGAUGAUGAAGAACAUGUAGAAUUCAGCAAAGUUACCCAAGAAAAAGUUAUUGGAACCAAAGGAGAAAUGGCGACGAUAUUUGAUGUGAAUACCAGACAAUCUGUGUCUCGUCUGGUACCUACAGUUAGCAACCAGUACACCAAAAACAAAGCAACAUUCAGCUAUAAUGACGAACUGAUCCUUUCUGACGGAGUUUUGUUUGAUGUGAACUCCGGGAAGCAGAUUCACAAGCUGGACAAGCUGAACCAAACGCAAAGUGGAGUUUUUCAUCCGAAUGGUCUAGAGAUUGUAUCAAAUACUGAGGUCUGGGACAUAAGAACAUUCCACUUAUUGAAGACAGUGCCGGUUUUGAAUCAGUGUUCCGUAUUUUUCUCACCUGUGAAAACUGCAAUUUACGCAAUCUCCAUGGAACAAGAGAUGGACGAUGGAGAUCCAACAUUUGAAACCAGCUUCAAGACUGUCGAUGCCAUAGAUUAUUCUAGUAUAGCCACUUUCGACGUGAAAAAGAGCAUCUACGACCUCGCCAUCGACGGUUACGAUACCCAAAUCGCCGUGGUGGAGAACCAGGGCAUGUACAAUUCUGUCCAAGAGUCGGUGGUACGGGUUUACGACGUGGGGCGCAGGCGCGACGACGAGGACGAACAGGAAGAAGAAGAAGACGAGGAAGAAGACGAUAUGGAUGGAAGUGACGAUGACAACUCUGAUAAUGAUGCUUUCCACACGGACAUGGACGGUGACAAUAACGACAACAACGACAAUAACGACGACGAUAACGACGAUGACGACGACUUUGACGAUGGCGGUGGCAACGACAGCAGCAUCAAUACGCCGAGCUGGACCAGCUUGUCGAGCAGCAACGAAAGCUCGCUAGAUGGCUCCCUUCUGGGAGAUUUGCUGUUUGAUUACAUAUAGCUGAACAAACUCGAAAUAUUCACCGAUUGACCGUGUGGAAUAGCUCAAAUAGCUGUCAGCUGUCAGUCUUCUCUUCUUGAGCUUUCUUAGGUUGGUGUCUGUCAUUAGCGUCAUUGAUGUCAAAUGUCAUUACUGUCAAUGAUGCCGGGAAAUUCGAAUCAGUGAAAUGGAGGACAGACGGGGUCUUCUAGACGGAAGUCAAGUGAAUGUGUGUGCAAGUCCAAACAUUUUCACAUCACCUGAUCUGGAGAGAAAUCUAAUAUUUGAUGUGAAGUUUGAUGAAUGUGAAAAACAUCAGACCCCUUUAUCUCUACGCCAGUAACCAGGCCGGAUGAUAACGGAUUCAUCGAGUAAAGAUAAGUCAUAUAGAAAGACAAUCGUGCUUCUUUAUUUCUACGCCGGUAUCCAGGGCGGAUGACAACGAAUUUUUUAUAACGAUGGAUUCGGCUUCCGGUCAUGGUGGUGAACAAGCGGCAUCCUUGUGAUCUAUAGUCGAGUGAUAACUUAAUCACAUGAUCGGUUCGAUUCUCUAAGAAGUGUUGAAUAGGGUGGCUAAAUUACUUUUUUAAUCACCCCAGAUUUUCCACUAUUGAUAUUUGGUAUUCUAUAAAAACAACAUUUAUCAAUGUGGUUAGUUUUUAUACAUUUCCACUAAGUGGUAUAAAUAAAGCUGUGAAGUUAGGCGGCGUUCACAACCAAACUUUUUACGUUUUGCUCUUUACGUUUCGUAUUCUGAUUGGUGAGGCAAAAUCUGUAAUUGAAAUGACGCAAAAAGCUGAAGAUAUUCAGCUUUUGGCGUUGCAAACUCAUUACAUAACCUGUUCACAAACAUCGCAGAAGGAUUUGAAUUUCUCGUUAUCAUUGACAUUAAUGACAGAUGACAUUGAUGACAUAAAUGACGCUAAUGAUAGAUUGUCAUACUAAAAAUUUUCCAUAAUUGCAACAGGUUGUAUAUGGUCAGUUUGGACUGUUUAUAAAGUUGUUAUUCUUGCGAAUGUUGGUAUGGAAUUUAUGUUGAAGGGGCAUUUUUUUUGUAAAUACAGUAGGAGGUUUGAUCAUAGUUUCGUAGUCCUUGAGGAUGAGGUCGUAUGUUUGUUUCGCAAUUUAUUGAUUCUUAAUACGGGGUGUUCAAUGUUGAAGCGGCCUAACUUUGAGGAAAUUGAUAGAAUGUAAAAUAAUUGCGUGUGUUGGUUGUGGAGAUAUUGGUUUCUGAUGUAUGGGACAUUAAUGUUUCUUAAAUCGUUUUGUUUGUUCUCAAUUUACAUACUGGCUUUGGUCUCCGUCUGUUCAAGGAUAAUAUGUCUUGCUUUAUGUGCAUCUCAAAAAUUGUUAAGAUCAAUUGUUGCUAGGUAUGUUACCGAAUUAUGGUGAAUAAUUCGACAACAAAAAAAAUCUGAAAAUGAAAUGAGGAUAUUUUUUCACCAAUUUUGAUUCAUCAGUUGCAGUUACCUAUGAUAUUUUGAGAUGGUUCAUGAUGAAUGUUUGAAAGCAAUAGCAGAAGGGAUGAAAACUGUUCUGCAAAUUUCAACGACUCAAUAUCUACAACAAACAAUACGAAAAAACAUUUUUGAAAUACUAUUUAUAUUCAACAAUUAUUCUUCAAUUUAGACCGGUUUGACCUGGAAUACCUCGUAUAUCUCCAUUUCAUUUUGAAUUUACUUGACUUGUUGCAUUUUUUGUAGCUUAUCUGAUUGAAAAUAAUUUCUCAAAAAAUUGUUAGAGAAUUCGUCAAAAGACAUUCGAUUGUUUACUUUUUUCCAUUUGUAUUGAUUACUCAACUCAGAUUUAAUUAUUGAAUAGAAAUAAAAAUGAAACGUCUCUUGAAGGAACCUAAAUAAUUUACUUAAGCCCUAUCUUUUUUGAUUUUUAUAUGAGGGAACUCCUGAAACAUCUUAUUAUUAAUGAUUUUUGACUAAUUACAAAGAUUUUGAAAUGGCAAAGCUAGACUAAAUUAUGCCAUUUGUAUAUUCUACAAAUGAUUGAAUUGAAAAAAUAUAAUAUUACUAUGUCUGCACAUGCCUACAGAAUUUUUAGAUGGGCACUUAUCGAUGAUUUUUGUGCAAUUGUAAGUCGAAGUGCUAACACUUCUAUCAUUUGUACAACUUUCUUAUAUAAUAGUUAUAAUUGUACGAUUUUUCAAAGGGUAUGUCAUCGUUUUUCCGUGUGAUCUAAUUUGUAAUAUUAUAAUAGUUGUUUUCUCAUAAAUUUCCAAGUACCCCUGUAUAUAGUUCUUAUAUUUAGGGUUAAGCUGUGAAGAACAAUUAUUUACGUACUUUAGUUUCGUCAAUAAAUGAUGGUUUAU